AUGAUGCAUCGACGUAGACAUGGUGUGCAUUUCAAAUCUUGGGCCAAUCAUGAAGCUGGAUUGAUUUCAACCAUUGAACGAUUUAAUGCCUGUCUUUACUACUCCGAGCUGGCAGAAGAUUUCUAUCUCGUCAAACUGUUGAUCCUGCAUGGACUCUCGGGUUUCUGUCUCCACGAUUUCAGGGACAUGAGUGUGAGGACUGUGUCAAGGAAUGCGCCACCGCACUGCUUCUCAGAGGGAGAUGGAACGUGCAAACUAUUAGUCCGCACGACCACUUCUCAGUGGGACGGUCACUUCAAACGACUGCUUGAGAUUGAUGCCAAGGCGAUCCAAAAACGCUGAAUUGAGGCAGAAUUGAAGAUAGCCGAAACUGUUGCAGUGGUCAAGAGCGAGUGCUUACAACAAGUCACCUCAUGUGUCAUCGAUGCCACCCGUUCGAUCUACAACAAUGCCAAUUCCUACACAAAAGGCGGUGUCGUUGUGGCUUUCGCAUUCCUAGAGCAUAACGUCUCCAUUCGAUGCAAACGAGGGUCGUGUGUUGCAAGAGGUGAAGAGUUGGCAUCCAUUUCUCCAUUCACUUUUACCGCAAAGUGUGGCAGCUCAGGCUGCGCAUCUCGCUUGCUUCUCUCAGUGACUGUUCUCGUUGGCAGCACACAGAAAUGGCGUCAGUAG